UAAUAUCAUUCAGUUCAAUUUCAAUUCAAACACUAUCAUGAUAAUUAUACAGAAAUCUGUGCAUCACCUCGUGAUAAGGGGACUCAUAGCAUGAGUAGGCAUUACGCACUACGCAUUACCGCACUACUAGUGCUACGACUAGUAACUGAGUUGUACUAGUAGUAGGCCUAGUAGUAGUAGUACUAGUACUAGUACUGUAGCAGUGCCAGUACUGCAGUAGUACUAUUUCAAUGGCAAUGAUUCUGAAUAGCACGAUGUCGAUGUUGAGACAGGUCAGAGCACUAAAAUCAUUCGGGAGGUCGUGUAUUAGUUCUGUACCUAAACAAAUCCUGACAGGCCAGAACAAUACCAAGUACCAGUCGAUUCGUUUGGUAAGGCUAGGCGUGGGCCAUGGUCGUAUGUUACCACGCCCACUAUAUUUAGUUGGAGCUGGAAUAGCAGCUGCGAGUGUAACCGUGUAUUGGCAAUGUGUUCGCGACAAGACGAACACACUUUGUGAGGCCAAGCACAUGAAUAAUGAGGCUGUCGAGGAAGAGCCCGAAAUUCCCAGAAGUGCAGGACUAAGAUUGGCAGAGGCAGUCGAGAAGUCCAAAGAUAUAGCGAGGCGUAUAAAGGAUGAAGUUGGUGCGCCGGGCUUGGUCGUUGCUGUAGGCCUGAACGGAAAGCUCGUAUGGGUGGAAGGAUUCGGCUACUCUGACGUCGAAAAUCGUGUCCAAUGUCAUCCAGACACGGUGAUGCGGAUCGCCUCCAUAUCCAAGAGCAUUACGAUGACAGACGUGGCCAGGCUGGUGGAGGAGGGAAAGCUCGACCUGGACGCACCUCUGCAAAAAUACGUCAAGGAUUUCCCAGAGAAGACCUACAAUAAGCAGAAGGUGACCAUCACCACACGAAUGCUGGCAUCCCACAUGUCCGGUAUACGACACUACGAGAAGGAGCUACUUGAAAAUGAUAAAGCGAAAAGGACGAAAAAAUGUACGCGACGACUGGGGAAAUUUUACAGGCAGAGAAAAGUACAAAGUAAGAAGUUCUUGUACACGACGCACGGUUACACGUUGAUCAGCGCUGUGGUAGAGGGCGCUAGCGGUCAGAAGUUCACGCGGAGGCUGAAGCGACUUUUCGACGACCUUGGUAUGAGCAAUACGCAGGUGGACAAGCCAGGGCAUCUCAUCUAUCACCGCUCGCACUACUACAGAAAGAACGAGCGAGGGCGGCUCGUCAACGCCCCCUACGUCGACCUGAGCAGCAAGUGGGCGGGCGGCGGCAUCGUGUCGACGGCGCCGGACCUGAUAGCGUUCGGCACCGCGAUGCUGUACAGUCACCAACACCGGCCCUGCCCCGCCUGCGACCGCGGCGCGCAGACGACAGGGGGCGCCGCGGGUACGACAGGGGGCGCCGCGGCUACGACAGGGGGCGACGCGGGUACGAUAGGCGGCGCCGCGGGUACGACAGGGGGCGCCGUGGCUACGACAGGGUGCGCCACGGCUACGACAGGGGGCGCCGCGGAUACGACAGGGGGUGCCACGGAUACGACAGGGGGCGCCGCGGGUAAGACAGGGGGCGCCGCAGUCGACACGGCCACGCGCAGGUGUCUGCCCGGUUACCUGUCGCACGAGACCGUCGAGGACUUGUGGCGCCCCCUGGAGCCGGCGAGCGGCGGCAGGCCGUGGCGUUACGCGAUGGGCUGGGACGUCGUCGCGAUCGAUCAGACGCGCGCGCACUGCCGCAAGGAGUGUCGCGCCUACCUGCACACAGGUGGCGCCGUCGGAGCCAGCACCGCGCUCGUGAUUCUGCCGCGCAGGUCGGCGGACGACGCUGGUGGCUCCAUCUGUGAGAGGAACAGGCAGCUGCCGCGCGGGGUCGUCGUGGCGAUGAUAAUGAAUAUGCAGUCGGUGAGCCUGGCUAGGGCAGCUGUGCGCAUCGGCGAGGCGUUUGAACAGGUGGAGGAGAAUUGAAGGUCGAUCGUCAUGGUAACGCCGCAGCCGCUCUCUCGGGCAGUCGGAAAACAAACGAGUCGUUUUAAUUAUAAUCAACCGAUUUUAUUCGAGUAACUUUCGCAAAUUUACAUUACACGUCCGGAUUACGAUGAAAUAAUUUAACUGUGCACAUACAAAUAACUUGUGUUAAAAUAUGCAGUCGAUGAUAAUUGAUAAUCAAUCGAUAUAAUGAUAUUGAUGCGAAGUAAAUGGAAAUACAGGCAGAGCAAUGUCCGUUGUAUGCGUUACCUAACGUUGUGCAUGCACACGUGAGCAUGCGUGCACGCGCGUGUACGUGUGCGCGUGCAUGGGUGCAUAUGAGUGUGUUGUGUGCGUCUACGUGCAUGUACAUCCACGUGUCGUGUAUGUAAACGUGCACAACAAGUUUAUGCAACGAUUUCUAUAAUCAAUAAAAGAUAUUCGUACGAAAA